AUGUCCGACCUCGUUCUCCGCUUUCACGCGUCGGAAUGUGGCGUCAUAGACGCGUCGCCGACGCCCGAGACCGCCUCGGGCGGCGUCAAGGUCACCCCGGACGACGCCGAGAUAUCCGUCUGCCAAUACGGCGCCUGCGACGCGAGCGAGGUUUUUCCCCUCGCCUGUUGCCAGGCGUUGGUCUGCGCGUCGUGCGUCUCCAAGCACGCCGACGCCGCGGGCCCGCUCUUUCGCUGCCCGUUCUGCUCGCGAGCGGACGAGACGUUCUUUGAAUGCGUAUCCGCGCGGGGCGCGCUCGUCCAGCGGACGGGCCCCCGCCCCUACUACGCCAACGCCGCGAUCCGGCCCGUCAAGCUCCUCUGCGACGCGAGCGCGUGCGCGUGCCCCCGGGGCCGCGAGUUCGACUCGCGCGCCCGGACGUCGACGGCCCGCGUCUCACUCGGCGGCGACGACGCCUGGGCCCUGCGCGCCUGCGACACCUGCGGCCAGAAGGCGCGCCACGAGCGGUGCGGCGGCGGCGGCAAUUGGACGUGCCGCGACUGCGGCGGCGAGGAGCCCGAGUCCGCGCCGGCCGCGCGCGGCCUCGUCGAUUCCGCCGCGUCGAUUCCGCCGCGAGGCCUCGCGGACGACGAGGAGGACCCGCGGCACCCCGUGCUCAGCGACGCGAUGGCCGCCGUCGUCGGCGUCGGCCGCGCGAACCACUUCCGCCUCGUCAAGCUCCUCUGGAAGUACAUCAAGAAGCACGACCUCCAGAACCCGGCGAACAAGAACGAGAUCGUCUGCGACGCCGCGCUCAAGGCCGCCUUCAAGAAGGACAAGGUCACAUCCUUCGGCAUGUCCAAGCUCCUCUCCGCGCACAUGCAUCGGGAGCACGACUCCUUCCUCGCCCGGGCGCCCGUCGUCGACUACGCCGAACUCGAGCGCUCCGACGUCGACGAGUCGGACGCCGAGGACGUCGCCGGCGCGGUCGAGGACACGCCGCGGACGCGCCGCGCCUUCUCGGAGCUCGCCGACUACCUCGCCGCCAAGGGCCUGUCGCGCGGCGUCGUCACGAACUGGAGCGUCACGACGAACCAGCGCGGCGACGCGAUCUUCCUCGACCCCGCCGGCCGCAUCUUCCGCUCCAAGGCCGAGGUCGCGCGCUUCGCCAAGGCCGCGGCCGACGCCGAGGACCGCGCGGCGGACGACCGCCGCGUCGAGGCGGCCCGGCCGCCGCCCGUCGUCGAGGCGGCGCCGCCCGCGGCCGACGCGGAGGGCCUCCUCUUCGAGGGCGACGCCAUCGAGGCGCGGUGCCGCGGCGGCGCGUGGUACCCGGGCCGCGUGGCCUUCGUGCACGACGGCGGCGGCGCCAUCGACGUGGCCUACGACGACGGCGACGCGGAGGCGCGCGUGCCGCGGGCGUUCGUGCGCCCGCUCGCCCGGCGCCGCGCGGCGGCGCGGUCGGGCCUCGCCGGCGCGAGCGCCGCGGCGCUCGCGCCGGGCGCAAAGGUCGAGAUCUACUGGGACGGCGACGACGCCUUCUACGCGGGCACGGUGACGCGCGAGCGCGACGGCAGGGUCGAGGUCGCCUACUGCGACGAGUCCACGGAGUGGCUCCGGCUCGCCGCCAAGCCCCUCGCGGCGGGCGAGGCGCCCGUCCCGGGAGCGCGCGGCGUCCCCUUCCGCGUCAUCGACGAGCUGCCCGCGGCCACGUGCGACGCGGAGACGUCGCGGGCGUCCGCGCUCGAGGAAUGGCGCCGGACCCGCGCGGCGGCGGCCGCGCCGACGCCGCCCGACGCCGCGGCGCCGGUCCCGCCCGCGGCGCCCGUCCACGUGCUCCUCGCCGCGCCCGCGCCCGCGGCGUCGCCGGGCUCGCCGGCCCCGCCCGGCCGGAAACGCGACGCGCCGACGCACUGCGACGACUCGUCGUCUUCGGAGGCGGAGGAGCACGGCGCGGCGGAGGCGCUCAAAAAGAACAGCUCUUGGCCGUCGACCGCGGCGCUGGCCGCGCUGCCGCCGCUGCCGCCGCCUCCCGCGCUCCCGGCCGCGCCGCCGCCCGCGGCCGCGGCCGCCGCGCCGCGUCCGCUUCUGGUGGCCGCCGAGGCCGAGCUCCACGGAGGCACCGCGGAGGAGGAGCAGGCCGCGCCGCGCUUCUGCGUGCCCCAGUUUCUCGGCUCGAAGGACGUCGCGGGCGCGCGCGCCGCGUCGGUCCAGUUCUUUGACCAGGCUUGGGCCUCCACACGCGACGGCGAGCCGUGCCCGCCGGCGCGCUACGCGGGCUGGUCUGUCGUCCUCACGGGCAGCGCGUCUCAGCCGACCGGUUUCGUCGACGGCGCCGGUGUCGUCUAUUGGAGGCGGAAAGAUGCGGCGCGAGCGAUGGGCAUCCUGGACGGCCCGCUCUCGGAGCGCGCAACAUCCCAUUUUUCGAAAUACGCCACGACGCCCUUCGGCGCUCAGCGCGCGCUUCUCCUCGAGUCGGGCACGCCGGCCGCGCCGCCGGCCGCGGCCGCGGCCGUCGCGCCGCAUCCGCUUCUGGUGGCCGCCGAGGCCGAGCUCCACGGAGGCACCGCGGAGGAGGAGCAGGCCGCGCCGCGCGGUAUGCCCCACUUUCUCGGCUCGAAGGACAUCGCGGGCGCGCGCGCCGCGUCGGUCAAGUACUUCGACCAGGCUUGGGGCUCCACGCACGACGGCGAGCCGUGCCCGCCGGCGCGCUACGCGGGCUGGUCUGCAGCCUCGCCGUCGCCGCCGCAGCGGGCGGCGUCGCCGCCGCUGGCCUCGCACCCGCUGGACGCUAUCGCGCUGGCCGCGCAAAGAUUUGGGCUGAGCCUGCCCGCGCCGGCCGCCGCGCCGCUUGCCGCGCCGCCGGCCGCGCCGCCGGCCGCGCCGGGCCCGCCCGCUCCGUGCGUCGUGGCCGCGGAGCAGCUCGCCGCGGCCGUCGCGCGGGCGGAGCGCGCCGAGGCGCAGGUCGCCGAGCGCGACGAGACGAUCCGCGGCCUCCGGGACACGAUCCACGGGCACGAGCGGACGAUCCGCGAGAGCGCGCAGACCGUCGCGGCCCUCGAGGCGCGCGCGCGCCGGGCGGCGUCGGCGCGGCCGCCGCCGCGCGGAUCUGGCGCCAUUCUAGACCUCGAGGCCGAGCUCCACGACGACAACGCGGAGGAACAGGCCGUGGGCAGGUCCCUGAAGCAGCUGGCGCGGCACCUGCCGCUCUUUGUGGGCUCGGACGACGUCGCGGGGGCGCGCGCCGGGACGGUCCAGUUCUUCGAUCGGGUCUACGCCACGACGCACGACGGCGAGCCGUGCCCGCCGGCGCGCUACGCGGGCUGGAGCGUCGUCCUCACCCGCACCGCGUCGAAACCGACGAGAUUCGUCGACGGCGCCGGCGCCGUCUACAAGUCGCGCAGCGAGGCCGCGCACGCGAUGGGCAUCCUCGCCGGCCAGCCCUCGGAGCUCGCUCCGGUGGACCAGAAAUGGGCGGAGACUCCCUACGGCGAUCGGCGCGCGCUUCUCUUCGAGCCGGGCGGUGUGAGCUCGCCCGCGGCGCCGGCCUCGCCGACGCCCGCGGCGGCGCCCUCGCCGCCGCCACCGCAGCGGGCAGCGCCGCCACCGUCGUUGGCCGCGGCGGAGGCACCGCCGGCGCUGGAGCUGGAAGUCGCGGACGAGGAGGAGCCCGCCGCUCCCGCCGCGGAGGCGCCGCCGGCGCCGCCGGCGCCGCCGCCGGACGUCGCGGACGAGGAGGCGCCCGCCGCUCCCGCCGCGGCGCCGGCGCCCGCGGCCGCGCGGCGGCCCGCGGCGCGCGCGAAGCCCAACCGCGUCGCGUUCACGUGCACGGACGGCGACCCCGUCCUCGAGAGCCGGCACGGCCGCGCGCAGCACGUGUCGAGCGGCGGCCUCGUCGUCGCCGAGAGCGCGACGGAGGCCGACGUCCUCGUCACGGGCCCCCGGCUCCAGGUGAAGACGAGCCUGGCCAUCGCCGUCGCGCGCGGCGUCCCCGUCGUCACGACCGCGUGGCUCAAGGAGUGCGCGAGCCGCGGCUUCGCGGAGCCCCGCGCGGAGCACGCGUCGCGCGACGCGGCCUUCGAGAGGCGCCACGGCCUCGACCUGGGCGUCCGCGCGCCCGCGCGGUUCGAGAAGCGCUACGCCGUCGCCGUCGAGGCCGGCUACGCGCUGCCCGACAAGCCCCGCUACAGGGCCGCCGCGGAGGCCGCCGGCGCCGUCUGGAUCCGCAAGGCGGGCCUCGAGGCGGACCGCGAGCUCCUCGAGCUCGGCGACGCGACGGCGUCGACGGCCGCGGGCCUGCGCAUGCGCCCGGAGGACUUCCUCGUGGCCAUCCUCCGCCGCGAGGACCCCGCGGACUUCGUCGCGCGCGCGGUCCGGCCCGUCGCGCGCGGGAGGCAGAAGCGGGGCGCGCCCGCGCCCGCGGCCGCGACGCCGCCGAAGCGCAAGGCCGGCGCGCGCGCGCCGCCGAAGCGGUCGUCGAAGCCCGACGUCGUCGACCUCGCGGCCUCCCCCGCGAAGAAGCGCAAGGUCGACCCCGAGGUCCUCGCGCCCGUCCUCCUCCGCCGCGGCUGGACCGCGGUCUCGACCAACGGCCACUCGCGCUGGGUCGACCCGACCGGCGCGACGUUCGGCACGCUCGCCGCGAUCCUCCGCGCGCACCCGGAGCUCGAGGGCGCCCGCGCGUGCGAGGCCGCGAGCGCGUGCGCGUGCCCCCGGGGGCUGAUGUUCGACUCGGACAAGAUGAUGAAGAUUCGCGGAUCACAAGGCGGCGAGGACGGCUGGGCCCUGCGCGCCUGCGACACGUGCGGACAGAACGCGCGGCACGAGCGUUCCAAAUUUCAAAUCUCCUACGUCGACGGCGAGUUCGCGGCGGAUUAUCUUACGGGCAGCUCUGGCGUCGCCUACCGCUUCAUUGAUCAGCUGCCCGCGGCGGAGGACGACGACGACGCUCGGAGUGAAGACGAGGGCGCCGCGCUCGCCGAGGAACAGCGGACGGUCGCGCUGCCGCCGCUGCCGCCGCCUCCCGCGCUCCCGGCCGCGGCGCCGCGUCCGCUUCUGGCGGCCGCCGAGGACGAGCUCCACGGCGGCAUCACGGAGGAGGAGCAGGCCGUGCCGUUCCGCGUGCCCCACUUUCUCGGCUCGAAGGACGUCGCGGGCGCGCGCGCCGCGUCGGUCCAGUACUUCGACCAGGCUUGGGCCUCCACGCACGACGGCGAGCUGUGCCCGCCGGCGCACUACGCGGGCUGGUCUGUCGUCCUCACGGGCGGCGCGCGGGAGCCGACCAAUUUCGUCGACGCCGCCGGUGUCGUCUAUCGGAGGCGGAAAGAUGCGGCGCGAGCGAUGGGCAUCCUGGCCGGCCCGCUCUCGGAGCGCGCAACAUUCCAGUAUUCGAAGUACGCGAAGACGCCCUUCGGCGAUCAGCGCGCGCUUCUCCUCGAGCCGCCGCCGCAGGCAGCCUCGCCGUCGCCGCCGCUGCCGUCGCCACCGCCGUCGUCCCAUGUGCAGACGCAGAAGCGGGAGAGCGGCAUGGAUGUCAUCGACGGCUUGGAGAUUGUGGCCGAGGAGGCACCGAGCCACGUGCGGCAGUCCUUCGCGCUCGCGGACGCCCACGCGUCGACCGUCGCCGAGCUCGAGGAGACCAUCGCGUAG